GUCAUUUACGCGCCUGUGUGAUCUCAGCAGAUGCGCCGCUAUGUUUUGAAAAGCCGGUUAGCUAAUACCCAUCUCUGCAUCGUUUAGCUCGGCAUGUGCUCCUGUUUUAAAACAUUCUUACAUGAUGCAUCUAAUGUGAGCGCAGAUUAAAUCAUGCCAAAGUCUCUCAAAAAGUCCUGCACCACUCAGACCUCCAUUAGCAGGUACUUUGGAGGACGGAGCGGCAGCAGCGCCUCUGACAGUCCGUGUCAGAUUAAACAAAAUCCGCCUCGGCACAAGUUUUCAAGAAGCAAGCAGAAACUUUGCUCGGAUGAUGAUUUUGGAUUGCCAACAAAACGAGCCAAGCUUUCUCCACAACACCAGCAGGUGGAGGAUUUGGACUGUGAGCCUACUUCCUGUCAGAGUAGUAAAGAGACUCGAGGUGCAGUCGGCGUCUGCUCCUCCACCUUGGAGAAGCUGAAAGGCUUCACCUGCUCGGCUGAGGCCAGCGUCGGCUGCAGUGACGCUGAUGGGGGAGAAAUGAAGACAGGUGGUGCUGGCAGUAAAAUCUGUGACAGAGGAAUCUGUGUUUGGCCCCCUGGGGACAUUACAGAGCAACGCGGCAGUAAAAACAGACUUAAACAGUCAGAGGAGGAGGAAGAGGAGGAGGUCAGAGAAGAAGAGAGCUCAGGGCUGGCUACUACAAAACAGGGGUUCUGCCUGUCUCAGUUUGCCAAGUCAGAUGGAGGAGAGAGGGCUGCAGAACUGACUCUGCCGUCAGACGCCGGCGCCCCCUCCAGACGCUCAAAGAGUGUGUUCACUCCCCUGGAGCAGCAGGUCAUCCAGCUGAAACAGCAGCAUAAGGAUGCAUUGCUGGCUGUGGAGUGUGGGUACAAGUACAGAUUUUUUGGAGAGGAUGCAGAGAUUGCUGCAAAAGAGCUGAAUAUCUUCUGUCAUUUGGAUCAUAACUUCAUGACGUGCAGCAUCCCCACACACCGUUUGUUCGUUCACGUCAGACGGUUGGUGUCUCAUGGACACAAGGUUGGUGUGGUUAAGCAGACAGAGACGUCUGCAAUCAAGGCCUCGGGGACAAAUAGGAACGCUUUGUUCACUCGUCAGCUCAGUGCUCUGUACACUAAGUCCACCCUGGUGGGAGAGGAUGUGAACCCGGUCUGCAGACUGGGGGAUGUGGAGGAGGGAGCCUGUGCUGAUGUGGUGUUGGACCCUCCUGACAGCUUCCUGCUUUGUGUCAGUGAGAACUGGGACAAACUGAAGAAGCAGCUCACUGUAGGACUGGUGGCGGUACAGCCCAGCACAGGAGACGUGUUACUGGACUGGUUCCCUGACGGCCCGUCUCGCUCUGAGGUGGAGGGUCGUGUCCUGAAGAUCAAUCCUGUGGAGAUCCUGGUCCCUUCUGACCUCUCGGAACAAACCCACAGACUCCUGCACAGCAUCACCAAUGCCAGUGCUCGGGCUGAUGACCGAGUGAGACUUGAGAAGAGGGACAGCUCUCAGUUCGAGUUCGCUUCUGCAAUGAACACAGUCACCGAGUUCUACUGCCACACCCAGGAGAAAGGCUCUCGCUGUUUGUCAAGCGUAGCAUCCUUGGAGAGGCCGGUGAUCUGCUGUCUGGGGCCGCUCAUUCAGUACCUCCAAGAAUUCAACUUGGAAAGAGUUCUUAGGAGUGCAAGCUCAUUCCGUCGUCUGUCCUGUGCAUCAGAGGGUGUGAUCCUCAGUGCUGCAACCCUCAGGAACCUGGAAAUCCUCAACAAUCAGACAGAUGGUGGUGUGAAGGGCAGUCUGUUGUGGGUGUUGGACCACACUCGCACUCCGUUUGGGAGGAGACUGAUGAGGAAGUGGGUGAGCCAGCCGCUCACAGACCUACAGUCUAUCUCAGCGAGGCAGGAAGCGGUGCAGGAGAUCCUGGAGUCGCACUCUCUCACUUUAAAUUCCAUCAGAUCUCUGCUGUCGCAUUUGCCCGACCUGGAGAGAGGCAUCUGCAGCAUAUACCACAAAAAGUCUUCCACUCAGGAGUUUUACCUCAUCAGUAGCAGCCUGUCGCGCCUGGGACUGGAACUGCAGGCUUUGCUCCCAGCCAUCCACUCACAGAUCAGCUCAACGCUGCUCCGAGGCCUCCUGUUGGACACUCCUGACCUGCUGGCUCCAGCUCACAGCUUCCUCAAGGUGCUCAAUGAAAAGGCAGCAAAGUCGGGAAAUAAGACGGAGCUGUUCUCAGAUCUGUCCGGCUUCCCUGUGCUGCGGGAAAGGAAGGACCAGAUCCAGGCGGUCGUCAGUGAGAUUCUCAACCACCGCAAAGAAAUUCGACUGGUGCUGAAGGCCCCGGCACUCGACUACACCACCGUCUCUGGACAGGAGUUUCUGAUUGAGGUGAAGAACUCACUGUCGUCCACUGUUCCACCUGACUGGGCCAAAAUCAGCAGUACCAAGGCAGUCAGCAGGUAUCACUCUCCUUUCCUGGUGGAGCGCUACAGGAAACUGCUGCAGCUUCGAGAGCAGCUGCUGCUGGAUUGCCAGAGGGAGUGGACCAGUUUUCUAGAUCAGUUUGGGGAGAACUAUCACACCAUGAAAAGGGCUAUUAGUCACCUAGCAACCAUGGACUGUCUCUUUUCAUUGGCUGAGGUGGCUAAACAAGGGGACUAUUGCAGGCCAGAGGUGUGUGAGAGUCAGCGUCAGAUUGUGAUCAGAGACGGCAGACAUCCUGCCAUUGACUUACUGAUGGGGGAACACAACCAAUAUGUGCCCAACCUUACAGAACUGCAGGGUGAUGGCAGGAGGACUAUGAUAAUCACUGGUCCUAAUAUGGGGGGUAAAAGCUCCUACAUUCGCCAGGUAGCCCUGAUCUGUAUCAUGGCUCAGAUGGGCUCCUACGUCCCAGCCUCCGAGGCCCAUCUGGGCAUGCUGGACGGCAUUUACACCAGGAUGGGUGCUUCAGACAACAUCUACAAAGGGCGCAGUACAUUUAUGGAGGAGCUGACUGAAGCCUCAGAGAUCAUUUCCCACGCAACCCAACGCUCACUGGUCAUCCUUGAUGAACUGGGACGGGGCACUAGCACCCAUGACGGGAUCGCCAUCGCUUAUGCCACCUUGGAGUACUUUAUCAGAGAAGUGAAAGCCCUCACCCUGUUUGUGACUCAUUACCCUCCUCUGUGUGAACUGGAACGGGUGUAUCCUGAACAUGUGUCUAACUACCAUAUGGCUUUCCUCCUCAAUGAGCCAGACAUCACCACUGACACAGAUGAUGGAGAAGUUCAGCCAGAGUUCAUCACCUUCCUCUACCAGUUAACUGAAGGAGCUGCCGGGCGGAGCUAUGGCCUGAAUGUCGCCCGAUUGGCUGACAUCCCAGAUCCUAUACUACACACGGCUGCACGCAAAGCCCGAGAGCUGGAGAGCAUGGUCACCAACAGGAGGAAGUAUAAGAAACUUCUCUCAGAUCUUUGGAGCAUCUCAGACAGAUCAUCCCUCAUGGAGUGGCUGCAGUCAAGCUCUUGACAUCGCUGUAGCCAACACCAAUCAGAACAAACACACAAACACGCACACACACACACAAAGAAGAGUGAACCCAGCAUGCUCAAAGACGACGACACAAGCCACCAAAUCCCGCUUCAGAAAGAGCAGAAGUCUCUUUGUUAGUCUUUUUGCUAAUGUUUGUGUUAGUGUGUGAAAAGGAUUUUAACCAUCUCAGGUUUUGGUUAUUACCAUCAGUAACUGUUGUAACAUAACUUAAUACAAGCUGAUCAAGAUUUUACCUACCAGACUUUACAGUAUUUACAUCAGUGUGUUUGGCGAUUAAAUUACAAAACAAGAUA